AUGAUCGAAUCCUCGUUCCAAGAUGACAUGUACGACGCCGAGGGAGACGAGUCGGUCAAUCGCCUUCAAGAUCGCCUCGUCGAGUUGACCGGCAAAGAGGCUGCCAUGUGGGCUCUGUCCGGCACGAUGGGCAACCAGAUAUGUCUUCGAACGCACCUCACCCAACCACCUCACUCCGUGCUUCUCGACCACCGCGCACAUGUGCACUGCUGGGAGUCUGGCGCGUUGCCGGUGAUGUCCCAGGCCUCUGUCACGCAGGUGCAUCCCAAGAAUGGUAUUCAUUUGACGGUUGAGGAUGUGAAGAAGCAUAUAAUCGCGGAUGGGAAUAUACAUUUCCCUCCAACGCGAGUUGUGUCUCUAGAGAACUCUCUAAGCGGCACAAUCCUCCCCCUCAAAGCCGCUCAGGAGAUUUCCGAAUUCGUUCGAAACUAUCCUGUCGAAGAGGGCCGGCCGCCCAUUGCCAUGCACCUGGACGGCGCUCGUCUAUUUGACGCGAUUACCGCCGAAGGCGUUGAUUUGAAAGAGUACUGUGCGUGCUUUGAUACAGUUAGUAUCUGCCUUGCAAAGGGCCUCGGGGCGCCGAUGGGCAGCGUGAUUGUCGGGUCGAAGAAAUUCAUCAAUCGCGCCAAAUAUUUCCGUAAGAUGUUUGGUGGAGGGACCAGACAGCCCGGAAUGAUGGCUGCCGCGGCCCUAAGCGCUCUCGAAUAUACAAUGCCUUUGCUCCCCCAAGUCCACUCCCUAACCCGGAGUACGGCCAACUCGUUGCGGGAUGCCGGAUACACGAUUUCCCUGCCAGUGCAAACGAAUAUGAUUGUUUUGGAUCUGGAAAAUGACGGUAUUCCACCGGCGGCUUUUGUUGAGUAUGGGAAACGAGCUGGGGUGACGCUGUUUCCCACUGGGAGACUGGUGUUUCAUCAUCAAAUUUCCCCAGAAGCAGCAGCAAGGCUUGUCAGUGCGUUGACGCGGUUGAUGGAAGAUAAGAAUGCAGGAAAGGCGCUAGAGAAUCACAAGGUCACUGGAGGGUAUGUUUAA